GAGCCAGAGGGGGAAGGGUGGCUGCAGGGAUUGGGACAAAUACCCAAAGGGGGAAGGCGUGACUUUCGUGUCCCGCCGGAAGUGACGCGACAGUCGCGGCCGCCGACAGGUGGAACGGCAGGUGGGUUCAGGUGCCAGCCUGGCCCGGACCCGACUGUGGGACCGACGCUUCCGUUCUCUGUUCCCCUGCCGAGCUGAGCAGUUAGCCAGCCCACCUCAGCUCUCGGAACCAUGUUUGCAGACUUGGAUUAUGACAUCGAAGAGGAUAAACUCGGGAUCCCCACUGUGCCCGGGAAGGUGACGCUGCAGAAGGACGCUCAGAACCUUAUUGGGAUCAGCAUUGGAGGGGGCGCCCAGUACUGCCCCUGCCUCUAUAUCGUCCAGGUAUUUGACAACACCCCAGCAGCCCUGGACGGCACCGUGGCAGCUGGCGACGAGAUCACCGGUGUCAAUGGCAAGUCAAUCAAAGGGAAAACGAAGGUGGAGGUGGCAAAGAUGAUUCAGGAGGUGAAGGGGGAGGUGACGAUCCACUACAACAAGCUGCAGGCCGACCCCAAGCAGGGCAUGUCCCUGGACAUUGUGCUGAAGAAGGUGAAGCAUCGGCUGGUGGAGAACAUGAGCUCAGGGACCGCGGACGCCCUGGGCCUGAGCCGGGCCAUCCUGUGCAAUGACGGGCUCGUCAAGAGACUUGAGGAACUGGAGCGGACCGCUGAGCUCUACAAAGGGAUGACAGAACACACCAAGAACCUCCUACGGGCAUUUUAUGAGCUGUCGCAGACACACCGGGCCUUUGGGGACGUGUUCUCUGUGAUCGGAGUGCGGGAGCCCCAGCCAGCCGCCAGCGAGGCUUUUGUGAAGUUCGCCGACGCCCACCGCAGCAUUGAGAAGUUUGGCAUCCGGCUGCUGAAAACCAUCAAGCCGAUGCUGACAGAUCUGAACACGUACCUCAACAAAGCCAUCCCAGACACUCGCCUCACCAUCAAGAAGUACCUGGAUGUGAAGUUUGAGUACCUGUCGUAUUGCCUGAAGGUGAAGGAGAUGGACGACGAGGAAUACAGCUGCAUCGCCCUCGGGGAGCCCCUGUACCGCGUGAGCACAGGCAACUACGAGUACCGCCUGAUCCUGCGCUGCCGCCAGGAGGCCCGCGCGCGCUUCUCGCAAAUGCGCAAGGAUGUGCUAGAGAAGGUGGAGCUGCUGGAUCAGAAGCACGUCCAGGACAUCGUGUUCCAGCUGCAGCGCUUCGUGUCCACCAUGUCCAAGUACUACAACGACUGCUACGCUGUGCUGCGCGGCGCCGACGUCUUCCCCAUCGAGGUGGACCUGGCCCACACCACGCUGGCCUACGGCCUCAGCCAGGACGAGUUCACCGACGGCGAGGAGGAGGAGGAAGACGAGGACACAGCAGCCAGGGAGCCGUCCAGGGAUGCACGAGGGGCUGCCGGGCCCCUGGACAAGGGGGGAAGCUGGUGUGACUCCUGAGUGCGCCCGUGGGUGCAGAUGUGGGGGGUAGGGUGCGUGGGAGGAUGGAAGCGUGGGGCGGAGGCUGGGCCACCACGCAACAGGGCGGCGCAUGAAGGCCUGCUGGUGUGGGGUGCCCGCCUCCCCGCCUCCCUGCUCCCUGGUCCCAGCACAGCGAACCCAGGCGCCUGCCCAGGAAAGGCACCAGGGCUGUGACCUCGGGCUGGGUGCGGGCCCCUCCACCUUCCCCCCAACCUCCCCAGACAGAUUGGGAGCUGGGUCUCUGGACCUGCCCUAGGAAAGAGAGAGGGCAGAGAGGAGGAGGGGCUGGUGUGGACAGGAAGUCCAGGACCCGUCCCCGGGGUGCCUCCCCCGGCCCUACCUGGAGUCCGCCGGAGUGGGCGGCCAGGUUGGACAGCCAAGGCUGGGCCCACGUCUCCUGUAUACCCUGGUCCCGCCCCAGGCUGACCCCCACUCCCAGUCCACACUCACACCUUGGUGGCCUUUAUUUAUUUUAUUCCCCUGGUUCAGCCACUUCCCUUGCGAAGGGCUGGGCGCUGGGCCCAUAUUGAAUAAACACAAACCCAGAUGGCGCUGGGCUCU